AUGCUAAUCUUGCGGCGAGCAACUUGUUGCCGCUGUGAACUUUUGAAGGGAAAGAGGCAGCGAUAUCGGAUUUCCUCGUCAUGGGAGGAGCGAGAGCGGGGAGCGGCGCCGGCCGGCCGUCGCUCAACGCGCCUCACGCACGCCGUUACUCAGUCGCUUCUCACACUUCGUCGCGAGCAGUCUGUAGCGCCCUGCAGAGCGCGGAUUGCCCGUUAUGUGUCGUACAUCGAAACAAGUUUGACAGGAAAUUCG